CUGUAAAAGCUGUCAAAACUCAAAACAUCAACCCUUCCUCAUUGACCGCAGGAUCAAAUUUUGACACGAGUGGAUUAACGGCCGAGAUUUCCUCCCCAUCCUUUAGUCUUCAUCAAAACUCUCACCGGACCGUUCUGGUGUUCUCUCUAUUCCUGUAUUGUUGUUGAAGGCGAUCUCUCUGUUGUAGACAGAGACCCGAUGGAGACGGAGCUAAAAGAGCUAUUCGACGCAGCGAAGAAAGCGGCGGACGCCGCGGCUGUUGUCGGAGGUGGCGCAGAUUCUUCGCCGGAGGAAGAUCGUUGUAUUGAUGCCUUAAGAGCGCUGAAGAAAUUUCCUGUUAACUAUCAAAUUCUUGUUUCCACUCAGGUGGGGAAGCGUCUUCGUCAACUAACAAAACACCCUAGACGGAAGAUUCAGUCUCUAGCUGCUGAGCUGGUGGAAAUUUGGAAAAAUAUAAUUGUUGAAGAAACAUUAAAGAAUAAGAAAAAUGGGAGCUUGGACGCCAAAGAAUCUUUAAAAUCCGAGCAUGUAGCGGAAACAUCUGACAAGAAAGUCCAGAGAGUAAACUCCAUUAAGGUUGAAAAACAUGGUCAUAGUGGCACACACACUUCUGAGAAGAAGGUUAAUGUUGUCAAGGUCGAAAAGCGAGAACAUACCAAAGUGGAACAUGUUACCAAACAAGAAAACAAGCAAACUUCCGAUGCAAACAAACCCAACAGAUCAAAUAACAUCGCUCCACCAAAGCUUACUUCCCUUGUUUAUUGCAAGGAUCCUGUAAGGGACAAGAUUCGUGAACUUCUUUCCGAGGCAUUGUGCAAGGUUCCUGGGGAGGUCGAGGAUGAUUUGAGGGAUGAAGUUGAUGGUUGUGACCCUUAUAGAGUUGCUGUUUCUGUGGAGUCUGCAAUGUUUGAAAAGUGGGGGAGAUCUAAUGGGGCACAGAAGUUCAAAUACAGAUCCAUAAUGUUCAAUAUCAAGGAUCCCAAAAACCCAGAUUUCCGAAGGAAAGUAUUGCUUGGGCACGUGAUGCCAGAAAGGAUUCUGGAAUUGACUCCUGAAGAGAUGGCAAGCACAGAAAGACAAAUGGAGAAUGUGAAAAUAAAGGAGAAAGCUCUGUUUGAUUGCGAACGUGGUGGGCCACCAAAGGCCACCACCGAUCAGUUCAAGUGUGGUCGUUGCCAGAAAAGGAAGUGCACUUACUACCAGCUUCAGACACGGAGUGCUGAUGAACCCAUGACAACGUUUGUAACGUGUGUAAACUGUGACAAUCAUUGGAAGUUCUGUUAAGGAACUGCUUCAUGUAAUCAGUCACUUGUGCCUGCCGUUUUUCAGGUGAGAUCAACUUUCAAACUGUUUUUCUAGUUUUAUUCGAGUUCCUAGAAAUAUUUGUUUGUCAAUUAUAGUUAUAGAUUUAGAUGUGUUCGUCUGUCUGUGUCUUUAUAUGCCCUUGUGAUAGCUUAUUACCAUAUUUAAGAACAUCUAGUUAUGUGUUCGUACCUCCUUAAACUUCCAUUGAAUCUGCUGUCUUAAGUUGAACC